AUGUAUGCGAUGGAAAUCAAGGUGGAUGUUUUAACCCUAACCGCGGCCCAGCUCCAACGCCUCUUGGGGGCAAAAGUGGUCACCAGCGUCGACGUUGUGAAGCUAUACUUGGCCCAGAUCUCAAAGCACAACCACGCAGGCCUUCACUUGAAUGCCAUAAUUUCUGUCGCCGAGCACGACUCGCUUAUAGCCCGCGCCCAGGAGCUCGACUAUGAACGCAGUCAAGGAAGAGACCUUUGCAACACGGUUGACUUACCAACAACCUGUGGAUCAUACGCAUUCAAGCAAGGCAGGCCCAAGAAGAACGCCAAUCUUAUCAACACACUCAAGGAAGCCGGAUUGAUCAUUCUGGCCAAGGCGAACCUGAGCGAACUAGGUAAUGCCAAAGGCUCGGAUCUCAUGGCCGGGUGGUCUGCUGUCGGAGGUCAGGUUCGUUUGCAACAGGCCCGUUCGGCUGCUUGCUCUACUGAUCAAUACCAUCAGACACAAUCGCCCUAUAUCAAGGGGGGCGUCGCCAAGAACGCAACAUGGUUCACCAACACUGGCCCUGCAGGCUCUUCAUCGGGCAGCGCUGUUUCUGUUGCUGCCGGCUUUGCUCCAGUGUCUCUCGGCACUGAACUCAACGGCUCCAUUAUGAUGCCAGCCGCCAGAACGGGUUUAUACGCCGUUAAGCUCACCCCUGAGAGUGUCGACAAUGACGGGUUCCAGCCUGGAGCACCUGGCUGGGAUAGUCAAGGCCCAUAUGCCAAAACGGCGACAGAUAUCGCGACGCUCUCGGCCAUCCUGCAGCUCCACGACCCGGGUUACUAUCAUCCACUGACCACGUCCUGGAAUGGGCUCAAGGUAGGUUUUGUCGAUCCCACGCUGUGGCGGAGCGAUCCCACGGCCAUUGAACCGGUGGAAGGCUUCUUUAAUCAGACCGACAAUGCUCUGUUCGCUGCCCAAGCAAAGAUUGAGGAGUCGGGAGGCAAAGUGGCUCGAUCGGUGCCAGUUGCGUCAUGGGAGGAUAUCACCGGCGCGAUGCCCGACUUUUCGCAAAUGGAGGAAAUAUUUCCCUUUCAAAUGAAGCGACGAUUCCCCAAGUUCCUCCAGCUGUUUGAUAGUGUUCCUCAGACCCUUGAAGAGCUCAUCAAGUUCAACGAAGAUCAUGCCGACCUGGAGUUUACUGAACGGGAUAACAACCAAAAGGGGCUCGAAGCCGGACGCGAUACCACCAUCACGCAGGAACAGUACGACCGCAACUUCGAGGCUCUACGUGGAACCGCAUCUCAUACGCUACUCGGCAUGAUGAAAGAAUACGAUGUCGAUGUGCUCCUGGGACCAUGUGACUCGCGAUUUAACAGUGUGGGUGCUGCGGCCGGGUUCCCUGUUGGCAACCUCCCACUCGGGUUUGCCGACUUUAAUGGGCGUCCCUUUUCGCUACAUGCCAUUGCACCUGCCAAUGAAGAAGCCAAGAUCUUUCAGGUCAUGUCGGCUUGGGAGGCGUCGUUUCCGGAUAAUGUCCGCCCACCUCCCUUACUGGUUGAUGGUGCAUUUCCUCUGCAGCAGAUUGUGAUGGAGGAUGUCAAUUAG